AUGGUUGUGCCGAGCGAUCCGGCUAGCGACCGGCGCUGCACUGAUUCCGGGUCAGGCAGUGUGAAAUGGGCUACCGGGCAUGUGGAGGUGAAGGGACGGGCCUCACAUGCGAAAUGGAUGACUGGACCCAAUAACAAGCUACAGCUGAGGAACAACUUAUCCAUUGGCACAUGGAAUGUUAGAGGUUUACUUCACGCAGGAAAACUAAAUCUCCUUGAACGAGAGCUGAUGAGGGAGAAGGUUGACAUAUGUGGCAUCUCUGAAACCCACUGGAAGGAUCAAGGACAUUUCCACACGGAACACCAUAACAUAUACAUGCCAGGAGGUGCGAACAGAGGACGGAAUGGAGUCGCGUUCUUGGUUAGCAGGAGGAUUGCACAGACGGUGCACUCGUAUGAGCCCAUCAAUGACAAAAUAAUCAAAAUCACCCUUGCAGCUAGAUCGAGAAACCUUCACCUGGUACAGGUGUAUAUGCCUACAGGCGACGCUCUUGACGAAGAAAUCGAGUCAAUCUAUGGUGAUGUGGAGGAUCUCCUGAGAAAUAUACCCUCGAAGGAACCAGUAGUAAUCAUUGGAGACUUCAAUGCCAAGGUGGGGAAGGUCGAGGAGGCUCACCUAAGAGGCACAGGGGGAGCAUUUGGACUGGGUGUGAGGAACGAGAGAGAAGAACGCCUCAUUCAGUUUGCGGUGGAGAACGACCUGGCCAUCAUGAAUACCAUGUUUCAACACCAUCCUCGAAGACUGUCGACUUGGAUCAGUCCCAAUAAGGAAUACCGAAAUCAAAUUGACUACAUGAUGAUCAAAAAGAGAUGGAGGACAUUGAUAAGAAAUGUCAAGCCUGGAGCGGACUGUGACUCUGAUCACAAACUACUACUAGGAGCCUUCAGCAUAAAACUCCACUUCCUGAAGAGGGGGAAAAAACAGGAUAUAACACGAAUUGGAAACAUGGAGGCCUUCCAACAAAAUCUCAUGGAUAACGCUGACUGGGGAAGGAGCGAUGAUCCAAACAAAUGCUGGGAAAACAUCAAGAAAUGGAUCAAAAGGGCAGUCAGGGAAAGCGGAGCAAUAGAAAUCCGGAAGAAGAAGCACUGGAUGACCGAUGCAAUGCUGCAACUGGUGGAAGAGAGGCGACGUAUCAGAGGCAGUUUGGGUAACGCAGGUAACGCAGAUAACGCGGACCGAUUACGCUGGAUCAGCCAACAGAUCAAACAAGCAUGUAAUCAGGAUAAAAACAACUUCCUAAAAAACAUAUGCUCUGAUAUUGAACGACACGCCAACCGACACGAGUCCCAUGAACUUUUCAAAACGGUCAAGUACCUGACCAAGGAAUUCAAGCCUCAAACCCAAGUAAUCAAGAAUGAGCAGGGCGCGAAGAUCACGGACCCAAAAGGCAUUGCAGAAACAUGGCGACAGUACUGCACCAACCUGUACAGGGACGAACAUAGUCAAGUGGGCCCCCCAUGUGGGCCCUAUGAGCAACUGGAACCUCCCAUCUUGCGCUCAGAGGUAGAAAAAGCAAUUGGGCAGCUGAAAAAGGGGAAAUCACCCGGGGCAGAUGGCAUAACCGCAGAAGUGAUCAAAACCAUGGGCUAA